AUGUCGCGCAAGCAGACGUCGAGCUACAACACCUUCAACCAACAGACGCCGCCGCCCAUCAGACCAGACUUCAGCCUACUGCAGCCCCCAGCAUCCAACAGGAUGGUGCGGCACCACCGGCGCACGGCGUCGACGCACCCCAGCUUCAACGUGACGCGCACGAAGCCGCGGCGGUGGCCGCUGGUGCUGCGCUUCAUCAAGGGCGCCAUCCACGGCGCCAUCUUCGUGCCCGUGUUCCUGCACGCCGCCUUCACGGCCCUGAUCGUGUACCUGGACAGCACCGUGGGCGAGUUCGGCCUGCCGUCGUCCAUCAUCCCGUCGCUGUCCAUCGUCGUGGGCCUGAUGCUCGUCUUCCGCAACGGCACGUCGUACGACCGCUUCUGGACGGGGCGCAACCUGCUCAACGAGUGCUGCACCGCCGUGCGCUGCCUGACGCGCUCCUUCCUGGUCAGCAGCACGCGCGUCUCGCUCGACGGCUCCGCCGCCGGCGACCUCUUCGCCCCGGGCGAGUCGACGCGCAGCGAGCGCGCCGACACGGAGCGCGUCGUCCGCGUGCUCAUCGCCGCCCUGCACGCCAUCAAGCACAACCUGCGCGGCGAGUACGCGCUGUCGGGCGCGAGCCCGGCGUCGUCGUCGCACCCGGAGCUCGCCGCGCUGCUGCCGCCCGACAUCUACGCGCACGAGGACCGCGGCCUCGGCCUCCCGCUGCAGCUGCUGGUCCUCGUCGAGGCCUACAUCCGCCGCGGCGUCGCCCGCGGCUGGUUCCACGGGCCCCAGGCCUCGCAGCUGUCGGUCCAGGUCAACGCCCUGACCGCCGCCUACGGCCGCAUGGAGGCCAUCCGCACCACCCCCAUCCCCGUCGCCCACCUCAUCCACAUGAAGCAGGUGCUCGCCCUGUACGGCUGCGUGCUGCCCUUCUCCCUCGUCGACGAGUUCGGCUGGUGGAGCAUCCUGAUCGUCGCCAUCAUCGCCUUUACGCUCUACGGCAUCGACGGCAUCGGCGAGCAGCUCGAGGACCCCUUUGGCUACGACAAGAACGACAUCAAGAUGGACGGCAUCAUUGAGGAUGCCAAUAUCGAGUGUCUCGUCCUGCUCGAUGAGUGGAAGAGAGAUCAGGCGGGUAUGUUCCAGUAG